AUGUUUGCGACCGGACUGGUAAAUUUGCUGUAUGUUGGGCCGCAGACAACGGAGAUUAUGCGCAUUAGGAAGCACCAAGAGACAAAGGAUGGGAAGAAGAGCUAUGAUAAGGGACCGCAUAGUAAGGAGAUGGAGGCGUUGAACAGGCAGUUUGGCAUUCUGCACGGUCAACCAUCCACGAGGAACAGUCAUCUCAGGGUCCAGAUUAUAUGUACCUACAUCGAACGGUAUCUUGGCUUCAAUAACUACAACAUGUCUCCAUCAACACCGAACGAAAAGUUCGGGCCCGAGGUCCUGGAUACACCCGCCAAAGCCCCAAGCUACGAAAUCAAGCUCCAAGGCCAACAUGUCACAAUCAUCCCAGUCCAUUCCGAUCACGCCGCAGACCUAUACUCCCAAGUCAAAGGCCCAGAAAACGCCUCCUUCUUCGACUACCUUUUCGACGAACCCCCAAAAUCCCUCGACGCCUUCCGCGCCUCCCUAGCCAAAAAAGCAGAUACCACCAACCCCUGGACCUACACCAUCCUACUCAAAGCCACCUCCAAACCCGUCGGCAUGGCCUCCCUCAUGCGCAUGGACCUCCCCAACCGCGUCAUCGAAAUCGGCAGCAUCCUGUACACACCUGCACUGCAGCGCACACCCGCGGCGACAGAAGUGCAGUAUCUCUUCGCGUCGUAUGUCUUCGAUACGCUCGGUUUCAGACGGUAUGAGUGGAAGUGUAACGACUUGAAUGGGCCGAGUAAGCGGGCGGCUGGGAGGCUGGGUUUUGUGUAUGAGGGUACGUUUAGGCAGCAUAUGAUUGCGAGGGGGAGGAAUAGGGAUACGGCGUGGUUUGCUAUUAUCGAUAGGGAUUGGGAGGGGGUGAAGAGGGGUUUUGAGGGUGGUUGGCGAAAGAUAAUUUUAGCGAAGGUGGGAAGCAGAAGAGGAGACUGGAGGAGGUUAGAGGUGCUCAGGGAUGUGUAG